AUGAUCAUUCGUAGCCCGUGUCAGACAUCAGACCCUAUCGGCACGUACGUCGCCGAUUCUGGAAUCGACGCAUGGGGCGAUACGUUCAACGCGACUAACUUGGAGUUCCUGACGUUCGCGGCGACCGCGCCGAUUCGCGCAUCUAGGAAGCUUGGCAUCCUCCCUUUCCCCGGCUUUAUCAAGUGUGCGCUGGUGGCAACGUGGGCAGUGCGCACGAUGGAUUGGGGGGAGAUGUUGGGGGGAGAUCCCAGCGAGCUGGUGGCAGAUCUGAAUGCGCGCAGUGUACAGUCCAUUGUAGGGGGAGAUCCCGGUGUGAAUGGCUUCUAUCAAUCUCUGAGCCCGGGCAGUGUACAGUCCAUUGUUGGGGGAGAUCCCUCUUCUGACGGCGUGGCUUUGGUGCAUUCCCGGUGCGAGCUGGUGGCAAAUCUGAGCCCCGGCAGUGUGCGGUCCAUUGUGGGGGGAGAUCCCACUGCUGACGGCGUGGCACUCGUGCAAGUCUACAGGCUGCAGAGGUCUAGUCUAGCCAUCCAUUUCUCUCCUCCCCUCGCCCUCUCCACCCCCCAUGAAAGGUACAACGGGCAGACCAACGUGCACAUUCGCCUGCGAGCGCACGCGCUCUCCUCUUCCCUCAUCGCCCAGACUGUAAACAAAGCCCACGCAGGCAUCAACGGCCCGCCUGUGUGGGUUGUCCUAGGGCAAUGGACCCGCAGCAACAGCAACAACGCGUACAACUUGCAGAAAUGGUACUAUGAGGCUAAUAAGAAGUACCCUCCUGGCUCUGCUAGAUCCGUGCACUCUAUUGUUCGGGAGAUCGCCGGGGGUCCGGGGCGGUACUAUGCUGUGGUGAGCUCUGUGACCCGGCCUGUUGGGGCGAUCAGGGGGCAGUUCAGGCUCGCGCUGCCGUUUUCGCUGUACCCGUGGAAUCCGUGCUAG